GGACACUCCAUUCACGGGCAUUGGAACACCACAGUUAGCUGACGUUGCUGCUCUGGAUUUUUAAAUACACUACAGUUAGCAGAGGCGAAUUAUAGUCUGUAGCCUAAUGUCCCAAUGGUUUUGUUCUUGUGCACGAGCCCGGGGAGGUAGAAAAGGUGUGUGAUGGGUGGUUGUAGUAGGAAAGCGCGUCAUCAGCUCGGAUAGGGUAAGGGAAAGCUAGGAGUUCGUGCGCGUAUGGUGAGUCCCCAUUCUUAAAUGAUAUGCGCGUCUCUGCUCGAGGAAGGUACGCGCUUCAGGGGCUGCGGUCCCAUUGACUAUUCCAUCUCCCUGACAGCAACAGCAGCAGCAUCGACAGUCGAGAGAGAGAGAGAGAGAGAGUGAGAGAGCGAGAGAGAGCGAGAGCGCGAGCAGGGUAAAGACUCCGCCUCGCCUUCAUCCAGCACCAAGUCCGAGACCGGUGACAGGGACAUCUCACGGCAGCCAACAAAGCGAGGCUUCCCCACUCCGUGUCAGCCGUGGUAUACACAUGGGCUAUCCGUAACUGGAGGUGGAGGGGAGAGGCGGGAGGGCGGGGGGUGGGGGGGAGAGGAGAGAAGGCGAAAACAGUCAAAUAGAAACGAGCAUAACCGUGGGUUCCCGCAACCAUGAAAGGCUCGCGCUAUUUGCGAGAGCUGCUGCUCUGUCCGCGGACUAUGUCGUGAAAAGUGGGUUUCGUCUCUCGGGAUUUUGUCAAUAAAGCGACACGCCAAGGAGGGGUAAAAUAUGUCGGCCUCAGUGGGGCCCCACGGCGGCCCUCGCCCACCCACCGCGCCGACUUCCAUACCCGAUCUGCCGGACCUCAGUCACCUCACGGAGGAGGAGAGGAAGAUUAUAAUGGCUGUGAUGGUUCGGCAGAAGGAGGAAGAGGAGAAAGAAGAGGCCAUGUUAAAGGAAGACAAACCCAUACAAGCAAGAACUGUCCACCUUCUUGGAAAGAAGCCCCCAGCGCAGAAUGACAUUAGCCGGCUGCACCAGCAGUUUGAGAGCUACAAGGAUCAGGUGCGGCGGAUCGGCGAAGACACGCGGCGCCCACCGGGCCAGCAGAAGGACGACGCCCCCACCUGCGGGAUCUGUCACAAGACCAAGUUCGCCGACGGCUGCGGGCACCUCUGCUCCUACUGCCAGACCAAGUUCUGUGCCCGCUGUGGUGGGCGUGUCUCUCUGCGCGCCAACAACGACGACAAAGUGGUGAUGUGGGUUUGCAACCUGUGCCGUAAGCAGCAGGACAUCAUGACCAAAUCGGGGGAGUGGCUUCCGGGGCGGGGCGUGACAGGGCGGGGCGGGACAGGGCCCGGUCUGGGCGCGGCCGUGAGCGACCCCGCCAUGUGCACCGGCGCCGACCGGGACAAGAAGGCGCGGUCCCGCUCCCAGGCCCCGCCCGGCUCCGCCCCCGCCCCCGCCCCCGCCACUCAGGACGGCCCCCAGACCACCCCCUCCACGGGCCCCGCCCCAGGGAAGACGGACGCCCCGCCGUUACGGUCCCGCAGUGAACCCCCACGGGAGAGGAGGAGGCCUCUGUCGGUGCCGGAUCACAGCGGGCUGCUGGGAUUGCAGGGCGAGCGGGCGCGGGCGAAGCCGCAGUCUCAGGCGUCGGACGCGCGGGACGGCGGGGAGCGGCGGGAGAACCGCCGGCUGACCAAGGUGCGGUCGCAGGAGUACCCCGACCCGCGGGCGGGCGCGGUCCCGGGCCAGGGGGCGGAGCCCUGGAGGAGCGAGGGGGACGCGGGGGCGCAGGACGAGCGGAGACGGGAGCGUUACCGUAGCGACCCCAACCUUUCGCGCUGCCCGGGAAAGCCGCCGCCCGAGGAGCAGGACCGCCGGGCGCACGGCAAGACCGGGGGGCCCCCCGCCCCGGGGGAGCCAAGGGGCCCGCCGGAGAACAGGCCCAGCAGGCGGGGGGCGGAGGGGGAGCGCCAGGCUCCGCCGGAGAACCGGCGCUCCUAUUCCAGCGACAGGACCGUGGGGGGAGGAGGGGUGCAGGGGGGCCCCCCGCCGAACCAGAACCAGAACCAGAACCAGAACCAGGACCCCCAGACCCCGGCGCCCCGGGCCGGCCCCGCGGCCGAGCCGGCCGACCUCAGGGACGCGCAGGACUGGCGGAGGGGGGCGCAGAGCCACCUGGAGCCCGGCUCCGCCCCCGCCCUGCGCAAGGCCAAGCGGGAGAAGACCGAGAACAUGCUGCGCAACGACUCGCUCAGCUCCGACCAGUCGGAGUCGCUGCGCCCGCCGCCGCCCCGCCCCUACAAGACCAAGCGCGGGGUCGGCAAGCGGCAGGUGUCGGUCAGCAGCUCGGAGGAGGAGGGCGGGUCCACGCCCGAGUACAGCAGCUGCGAGGACGUGGAGAUCGAGAGCGUCAGCGAGAAAGGUGACUGGGAGUGCCCCUGUCCCCUGGACCCCACCGUCUGGCAUCAUCCUGUCACAUGGCAACCGUCCAAGGAAGGGGAUCAUUUAAUUGGACGAAUCACUCUGAGCAAGAGGUCCGUGAUGCCCAAAGAAGCUGGAGCACUUCUGGGGCUAAAGGUUGUGGGGGGAAAGGUCACGGAGACGGGGAGACUGGGGGCUUUCAUCACCAAAGUGAAAAAGGGCAGCCUCGCUGACGUCGUGGGUCACUUGCGGGCAGGUGAUGAGGUCCUGCAGUGGAAUGGGAAAGCGUUGCCGGGCGCAACCAAGAAAGAAGUUUACAACAUCAUUUUGGAAUCCAAAACAGAACCUCAAGUCGAAUUAGUUGUUUCAAGGCCCAUUGGAGAUAUUCCAAGAAUUCCAGAAACAUCCCACCCUCCAUUAGAAUCUAGUUCAAGUUCUUUCGAGUCCCAGAAGAUGGAGCGGCCCGCCAUUUCGGUCAUGUCCCCCGUGAGUCCCGGGACGCUGAGAGACACGCCCCAGGUGCUCCCCGGACAGCUCUCGGUGAAGCUGUGGUAUGAUAAAGUGGGACACCAGCUGAUAGUGAACGUGCUUCAGGCCACAGAACUGCCGCCCAGGCUGGACGGGAGGCCCAGGAACCCCUACGUGAAAAUGUACUUCCUCCCAGACAGGAGUGACAAGAGCAAACGAAGGACCAAAACGGUGAAGAAGAGCUCGGAGCCCCGAUGGAACCAGACCUUCCUGUACUCCCACGUGCACCGGCGGGACUUCAGGGAGCGCAUGCUGGAGAUCACCGUGUGGGACCAGCCCCGCGUGCAGGAGGAGGAGAGCGACUUCCUGGGGGAGAUCCUCAUUGAGCUGGAGACGGCUCUCCUGGACGAUAAGCCCCACUGGUACAAGCUGCAGACCCACGAUGUGUGCUCACUCCCCCUGCCCCACCCCUCGCCAUACCUGCCCCGCAGACAUCUCCAUGGUGACAGCCCCAACAAGAAGCCCCCGGGUGGGGAGGGACGCUCCCGGGAGAGAGAGAGAGACAGAGAGAGGUCCAGCACGCUGGCGGUGCCGGAGCAGCAGAGGGCCUGUCAGCAGCGCUCGCGCUCUGUGUCCCCGCACCGCGAGGAGCAGGACAGGGGCCGGUCCCGCCCCCCCAGCGUGCCCCUGCAGAGGAGUCUGGAUGAGAUCCACCAUGGGCGGCAGUCCCGGUCCCCAACUCGUUACCGGGGGCAACAGGAGCGGGAGUACUCUGAGGACAGUGAGUUCAUCAUGAUCCGCAGAUCAAUUCGAGGCAGGAGCGCGGAGAGCCUGCACACCAGAAGCGCUAGUGAUCUGCAGCCUGCCCUUGACAGGGCUAAGAGUGCUAGCGCCACCUGUUUGAAAGCAGACACUAGCUUCCAAUCAGAUGAGCCAGAAAGGUGCUUCCAGCCCCUCCCCCGCAGGCCCGCCAGCCCCAGGAUACUAAUUCAGCACGCCUCCCCCGAAGAUGACAGCUGGACGGUGGAACCUGUUGUCCCCACACAGGAGAUGGUGAACCACCUUAGUGCCAGUCCUGAGGCUCGGAGGCAGCCCCGAGGCCUGGAGGCGUCCGGCUGUCCCACGCUGGGCAGGAAGUGCCCUGUCAGCGGCAGGACACACCCUCACAGCAGUCCCGCCAACUCCUCUGCCACAGGGACUCCUGCCCACAACCGCAGGGGCCGGCAGCUCCCUCAGGUCCCCACAAAGAGCAGCAGCAUAGAGCAAGGAGACGUAAAUCACAAGUCUGAUGAUAAAGCUUUGGCAGCGGAGGACAGAGCCAGACAGCUGCAGAUGAGAGCGCAGAACUACAGGACCGCCCAGCCCAAUCAGGACUCGGGCCGCGACCUGAGGAACAAACGAGAGCUUUACAAAGAGCAGCGACGGAGUUGUGACAACGUGUCGGCCAAGUCCUCGGACAGCGACAUCAGCGACGUGUCGGCCAUCUCUCACGCCAGCAGUGCCUCCCGCAUCAGCAGCACCAGCUACAUGUCCAUACAGUCGGAGCGGCCCAGGGGGCGCCUCAGCCGGCAGAUGCGCCCGUCCGGCCGCAGCAUGCUGAAGAGCACGAGCGUGAGCGGGGAGAUCUAUGCGCUGGAGCGCACGGACGGCAGCCAGUCGGACACGGCGCUGGGCUCGCUGGGCAAUGUGGGGAAGAAGCGCCGCUCCAGCCUGAGCGCCCGCGUAGUCGCCAUCGUGGGCCUGCCAUCCCGGCGCAGCCGGAGCACCUCGCAGCUCGGCCAGACGGAGGCCGCCAGCAAGGCAAAGUCGAAGGGGCAGAUCCAGCGCAGCCAGGAGACAGGCAUGGCUGUGGAGUACCCGCGAAACGCUAUGGCACGCCAGGCCAGCCGCGAGUCCACCGACGGGAGCAUGAACAGCUACAGCUCAGAGGGAAAGUGCUUCUGUCAGUCUGAGUCUCAGGGUGGCUGGGCUGCAGCAGUUCAUGCUCCGGAUGGCCUUGGCCCCGCCCAGCUGGUGGGAAGGCAAACCCUGGCCACGCCCGCCAUGGGCGACAUCCAGAUCGGUCUGAUGGACAAGAAGGGGCACCUGGAGGUGGAGGUGAUCCGAGCUCGGGGGCUCACGCCCAAACCGGGAUCCAAAUCUCUGCCGGCUCCGUAUGUGAAGGUGUAUCUGCUGGAUAACGGAGCGUGCAAAGCCAAAAAGAAAACCAAGAUCGCACGGAAGACCCUGGACCCGCUGUACCAGCAGGCUCUGCUGUUUGAGGAGAGUCCGCAAGGAAAAGUGCUGCAGGUAAUCGUCUGGGGAGACUACGGGAGAAUGGACCACAAAUGCUUCAUGGGAGUGGCGCAGAUCCUAUUGGAGGAGCUGGACCUAUCCAGCACGGUGAUUGGCUGGUACAAACUGUUUCCCCCCUCCUCGCUGGUGGACCCCACGCUGGCGCCGCUGACGCGGCGCGCCUCCCAGACGUCGCUGGACAGCUCCUCCGGGCCGGCGGGAACCCGGUCCUAGUGGGGACGUCGCCGCGCCGAGCAGGACAACAAUCAGAAGCCCGCCAAUCGCCAUCCGAGCUUCGCUGGAGCCUGACAAUCACACGAGUUACUCUCGACUUCGACACGAGCGCUUUAUUUAGACUUUUUUUGUUAACUUUUCUAUUUGUUUUUUGUUUUUUUGGUUUUUUUUACAUUUUCUUUUAUGUUUGAUUCAAAAUAUUUUUUUCAUGAAACAGGGCUGUCACAAAAUAUAGGGGG